UUCUCAACCGCGCGCUACAAUUGAGUUCUCUCCUUAUAAAACAUCACCAGAUCACAAUAUCAUGAUAUCCUCACAUCAAAUUAGCUAGCACUCCCCACGCCAUCACAACUAAUAAUAAAUAUGAACGGCGCAUCCUUGCUAGCUCCCAUUGCUCAGAGAUUAGCAGGUAAGGUUGCUUUGAUAACCGGAGGUGCAAGUGGAAUCGGCGAGAGUACGGCAAGACUAUUCGCUAAACAUGGUGCUAAGGUCAUCAUUACUGACAUCCAGGACGAGCUUGGUUUCUCGGUUUGCCAAGACAAAAGCAUCAAUGGUGCCAUUUCCUAUGUCCACUGCGAUGUCACUAGCGAGUCUGAUGUCCAGAAUGCUGUCAAUACUGCGGUGUCAAAGCAUGGAAAACUCGACAUAAUGUUCAACAAUGCAGGCUAUGCUGGCCAAGGCAAAGCAAACAUCUUAGCCGUCGAGCCAGAGGGUUACAAGAGAUCUUUUGAUGUGAAUGUCUUGGGCUCAUUUCUUGGGGCAAAACAUGCGGCCAAAGUAAUGAUUCCAGCAAAAAGGGGCACCAUUCUAUUCACCGCAAGCUGUGCAACACAGUCACAUGGAUUGACCUCGCACAUCUACACAGCAGCCAAGCAUGCCGUUGUGGGACUAACAAAGAAUUUAUGCGUUGAGUUGGGGCAGUACGGAAUUAGAGUCAACUGCAUAUCACCACAUGGUGUGGCCACUCCUAUGCUCCUAAAACACAUGGGAAUAGACGAGAAGAAAAAGGCGGAAGAGAUUAUAUCCUCCUCGGCAAAUUUGAAAGGGCCAGUUUUGGAAGUAGGAGAUUUGGCAGAGGCAGCGUUGUUCUUAGCAAGCGAGGAGUCCAAGUACGUGAGUGGGGUCAACCUUGUCGUGGAUGGGGGUUUUAGUACAACCAAUGCAGCUUUUGAACAGAGCACAAAAAAGUUCUUCACCUAAGAACAAAAACAUUAUGGUUAUCUUUUGUCCAAGCUUAUUUCUAUAUAUAUAUAUAUAUAUAGAUAUAUAUGCAUGUUUUCAUUAGCGUACCUACGGGUUGCAAUCGUAAUCUUUGUAUGUUGAGAUCUAAAUAAUUUCCCAUGAAGUUAUAAUAAAUUCAUGGGGCCAUGAUGAAUAAAUAAAAUUUAAUAGCAUAUUCGGUUUCUAA